ACCAAUCAGUCCAUCAUCAUCAUGGAAGCCAUGGAUUCACAAAUAGUAUCAGAAGAGCACAUGAAGCUUGAUCCAGUGAUCCAAAUGCACCACCAAUUCCCAGAAACACCAGGCACCUGCACAUCCCUAAUAAAGCAACGCAUAAACGCACCUCUCCACAACGUCUGGCCCAUUCUCCGUGCCUUCCACAACCCACAACGCUAUAAACACUUCAUCAAGAGCUGCAACCUCAUCCACGGUGACGGCUCCACCGUCGGCAGUGUUCGUGAAGUCUCUGUCAUCUCCGGCCUCCCUGCUUCCACAAGCACUGAACGUCUUGAGAUUCUUGAUGAUGAAAAUCACGUCAUGAGUUUUAGAGUCACUGGUGGUGAACAUAGGCUUAAGAAUUAUCGCUCGGUGACUUCAGCUCAUGAGUUUGAAGAUGAUAAUGGUUCUUGUUUUACUGUUGUUAUUGAAUCUUAUGUUGUUGAUGUGCCGGAAGGGAACACGGAGGAGGACACCAAGAUGUUCGCCGACACCGUCGUCAGGCUUAACUUGCAGAAGCUCGCCGUGGUUGCCAUGACUGCAGUUGCUGGUUCUUGCACGUGAAUGCAUGAAGAUGGUGGUUGGAUGAUGUUGAGAUGAUGAUGAUGAUG